AUGCUGGCAUUAAUCGUUCCUGUGACAUUCGCAUUAUUUGUGCGACCAUCAAUCGCCGUCGUCGGAUCAACAACGACACUAAAUUACAACGAACAAUAUUCCAUAACAAGUACACCGUCAUCUAAUUCAACGAAUAUAGCCAAUAACUCUUCAACCAUUGAAUUGACAAAGUUUGUGCGACCAUCAAUCGCCGUCGUCGGAUCAACAACGACACUAAAUUAUAACGAACAAUAUUCCAUAACAAGUACACCGUCAUCUAAUUCAACGAAUAUAGCCAAUAACUCUUCAACCAUUGAAUUGACAAAGCUCACAAGAGCACCAAUUAAGUAUAUUCUAAGCCUAUGUGAUAGAAGUGAAUGCCCCAUAGAUAUGGUGCAAAAAGUGAAGAAAAGAAUUUUUCACUGGUGCUCUUAUACAUGUGAAUGCGCCAAGGGUUUCGAAAUGAAGGGAUUCAGCUGCCAAAAGCCUAUUACGUCUACUGAAUUAAUGACGAUUGUUCCAAAGAUAGUCGCUUACGUCCGUCGAUCUUGCGGUGUAAACAUGAUCCAAGUUGAACGAUGUAAUUAUCAUCCUAUUUCCGGUUUUAUGAGAAAUUGCCAAGAAAUAUCCAAAUGUGCUUGCGAAAAUGGAUACUACUUUAUUAGCGAUGGCUUAUGUUCAAAAAUGCGGACGAAAGCCAUGCAUUUGGCACUACUGGCGAAGCAAGCAAAAAUAGCGAUACGAAUUUAA